CGUUUUUGUAAGCCGCAAAUCAGAGGAUCCAAACCCUCCUUUGAUCUUUCCAUUGAAGACCCAGAAAAAGAGCUCAGAGCAUAGCAAAAAGCAGAGCAAAAACACACCUUUCUCUUCGAAAAAUCCCGACCACCACCACAAAACACAAAAAUUAACCAAAAGAGAGUACAAACCAUUGUGUCAUGAUCACAUGCUCUUGGUUCUAUGGUAAUAGGCGGAACCAUGAUCAAUACGACCAACGGCAUGAUUUCGAGCUCAUCGGCACCGGGGAACGCGCAGUCACCGGGCCUAAAGACCUAUUUCAAAACCCCGGAGGGGCGUUAUAAGCUCCAAUACGAGAAGACACACCCUUCAGGUCUGCUUCAUUAUGCCCAUGGCAAAACCGUUACUCAGGUAACCCUCGCUAAUCUCAAGGACAAGCCAGCCCCAUCAACCCCUACGGCCCCACCUUCAAGCUUCAUUGCUAGCAGUGGGGUAAGAUCUGCUGCGGCCAGGUUGUUGGGGGCUAGCAAUGGAAGCCGUGCUCUUAGCAUUGUUGGAGGGAAUGGUGGGAGUAAAAGUGUUAGCGGCAGUAGUAGAAUUGGGUCAUUGGGUUCUUCAAGUAGUUCAAUGAUCAAUCCAAAUUUUGAUGGAAAAGGGACUUACUUGGUUUUCAAUGUGGGGGACACAAUCUUUAUAAGUGAUUUAAACUCUCAAGAUAAGGAUCCAAUAAAAUCAAUACAUUUUAGUAAUUCAAAUCCUGUUUGCCAUGCCUUUGAUCAAGAUGCUAAGGAUGGACAUGAUUUGCUUAUUGGGUUGAGUUCUGGUGAUGUCUACUCAGUGUCACUGAGACAGCAAUUACAGGAUGUUGGAAAGAAGCUUGUUGGGGCCCAGCAUUAUAACAAAGAUGGUUCUGUUAAUAACAGUCGAUGUACGAGUAUUGCAUGGGUGCCUGGAGGUGAUGGUGCUUUUGUUGUUGCUCAUGUCGAUGGGAAUGUGUACGUGUAUGAGAAGAGCAAGGAUGGUGCAGGUGAUUCUUCAUUCCCCAUUAUCAAAGAUCUAACUCUAUUUUCUGUUGCACAUGCGCGUUAUAGUAAGAGUAAUCCUAUUGCCAGAUGGCAUAUUUGCCAAGGUUCAAUCAAUAGCAUCACGUUCUCAACGGAUGGGGCAUACUUAGCAACUGUUGGAAGAGAUGGUUAUUUACGAGUUUUUGAUUAUUCCAGAGAACAGCUAGUUUGUGGUGGGAAAAGUUAUUAUGGUGCUCUACUAUGUUGUGCUUGGAGCAUGGAUGGAAAAUACAUUUUGACUGGAGGUGAAGAUGAUUUAGUUCAAGUUUGGAGUAUGGAAGAUCGGAAGGUCGUGGCAUGGGGUGAAGGGCACAACUCCUGGGUAAGUGGAGUGACUUUUGAUUCAUAUUGGUCAUCACCAACUUCAGAUGGUACAGGAGAGACUGUGAUGUACCGGUUUGGAUCUGUUGGUCAGGACACGCAGUUGUUGCUGUGGGAUUUAGAAAUGGAUGAGAUUGUUGUGCCAUUACGUCGAUGCCCUCCUGGUGGAUCUCCCACUUUCAGUACAGGAAGUCAGUCUUCACAUUGGGAAAAUGCUGUCCCAGUUGGUACCCUGCAACCUGCUCCAAGCAUGCGAGACGUACCGAAGCUUUCCCCAGUAGUUGCUCAUCGUGUUCACACUGAACCACUUUCUGGCCUUAUAUUUACUCAAGAAUCUGUUCUUACUGUUUGCCGAGAGGGCCACAUAAAAAUCUGGAUGAGACCUGGGGCUGCAGAAAGUCAGUCAAGCAAUUCUGAAACCAUUUUAAGUAGCAGUUGGAAGGACAAGUCUUCAUUAUCAAACAAGGUUGGCAGUUCUAGUCAUAAGCAAUGACCAAACUGUCAUCAGAAGCAAGGCAAAGGUGAUCUCUCUUUUUUAUUUUUUGGAUUGUUAUUUCAAUUUGCUAGUGUGGCCGUUCUGUUUCCAGCCGGUUGGUCUUGUCAAAAUUGACAUUGGGGUAAAAGUAUUCUGAUAGCAGUGAAGAUCAAUCAAAUGGUUCCAUUUGUAUAUUUAGGGAUAAAAUUGCUAUUGAUGAUGGCAUUAAGAGCUGGGAGGCAGAGGACCUCCUCUGUAAGUACAAAAACAGCUGCUGCUAGGGUACAUCUCACAUCUUAUAUAUAUAUAUAUAUAUAUUUGAUUACUAACAGGAAUAAUUAGAAUUUGGUCCUUUGAGAUUUGUGUUUCUUA